AUGUCUGAAAUUCAGAAUAAAAAAAUACCUACUUCUGCCGACGACUUUGAAGAUGAUUAUCAAGAAGAUAACACUCUUGUUUAUUCUGACAACGAAAAUAAAUUCUCGGAUAAUGAUGUUGACACUGAUGAGAUAAAUGUUUCAUUAAAACGUAAACAGGAAAUGACAUCAGAAGAACCACCAAAGAAAAAGAAAAAGAAGCAUCCAAAGAAGAAAAGAGAAGAAAAUCCCUUUGAUAAAAUCAAUAUUUCUCAAGAAGAUAUACAAGUACAAGCCAACUAUUUGGCUGAUCGUCAAAAAAUUGCUUUACCUCAAUUGUCUACUGUUGAGUUAGAGGAGCAAGUGCUGCCAGUUUCGAACCUAGUGGAUAAUGAAAAAUUUAAAGAAGAGCAUGUGCUAGAAUCGUUACCUAAAUAUGUAAAGUUUGGUGUUGCAGGACAUAAAAAAUUAAGUAAAAAGCCUACACAACUUGCCAGUCCUGUUGUAUUGAUUAUUACUCAUUCAGCCAUUCGUGCAGUUAAUCUCGUUCGAGCUCUAAAAGAAUUCAGCAGUACAGCUAAAAUUGCAAAAUUAUUUGCUAAGCAUUUUAAAAUAGAAGAUCAAAUUAAAUUUUUAGAACAAGAGGCUAUUCAUAUUGGUGUCGGUACACCUAAUCGACUUUUAACACUAGUGGAGCAAGGACAUUUGAAACUUGAUAAUUUAGAAUUAGUCGUAAUAGACACAGAAAGAAACCCAAAGAGUUUUAACAUAUUCGAUAUUCAAGAAGUAAGAGGAGAUCUUUUUAAUUUCCUUGGUCAAUUUAUUUCCCCAUUAAUGAAAGACAAGACUAAAAUUGGAUUAUUUUAA